AUGCCACGCUUCGAGCCAGGCUUUUCUGCUGCAAACAUCGAGGGUGUGGCCGCGUACCUCAAGAAACUUGACUACAACGGACCACUUGCGUUUGGAUGGGAUGAUACCGAGCUUCAGCAAGGGGUGACGGUGAUGCAACAAACACCGGAGUUCUGUGUCGUUGUUGGCGGGGCAGCCGGUCCGGUGGAGGUACGGAACGAGGGAGAUAUCGAGUCUAUGGUACGCGCUCUUGAUCCCAAAACGAAGCUCGCGACAAAGAUGCGUGCAUGGCUUAUCGCCAUUCCCUUGAUUGGCAUCCCACCCAUCCUUGUCGCUCUUUCUGCACGCGAGGGAAAUGUGAGUGCCGGGCAACUCUUCGCCAUGCACCAGAAGCUGAUCGACCUGAUGCACGUCCACGGCAUACACCCGGUGUUGCUGAGUUCAGACGGCACGGAGACAGAGCGGUCACUUCAGCGCAUGAUCCACGAUUCCGCCACCGACUACUUCGAGUUCAAGAUCAAUGGCCCCGCUAUACUGGAUGGACUGAAAGUAACCGCAAGUUUAUGGAAAUUCCCGUUGAAUGCAAGUAAGCAAAUCCACAACUCCUUACUUGCUCUACAGCUAGACUGUCAGGGGUCAAUAUGA